AUGCCGCGAAGCAAGAAGCUGCAAGUGGAGAGUGACUACACCCAAGCCACAGAAUCCUGGAUAGCGAGGAUACCGUCCGACGAUACCUUACAAGAGCGACGACAGCAAAGAAAUCGAAUUGUUGUAGCCAACCGCAUCACUUCUCGCGAGACCAUUCGGGCAGCCUUCAAAGGCAAAAGUUUGCUCGAAGAGAGGUGGAUUGGCAAUCUGGAUGAUUCUGCCGCAGACACCGAGCUCAGCGUGCCUUCUGUCAUUGCUUGGCUCCGUCGCACUGACCUCUAUGCAAACACUGCUCUGACGCAUGUGGAGGUCCUGAAUUUCGUGCAGCAAAUCCUGGCCGGCCACGAGGUGAAUGCAGUUUGCAACGUUGCGGGCCGACGGGGCAGAACGGUGAGCGCAAUACAAUUUCAGGCCAUCAUCCACUGGAUUGCCAAACACAAGGGUAUCAGCUAUUCAGAGUGCAUCACGAAGCUCGUUCAUCAUCCCAACGAGAGGACCAGAUUAGAGCACUACUUUGAAGAGUUUGCUCAUGCCAGCUCACAUGGCUUCAUGACUGUCUACGAGUUCACUCGCUUUUGCCGGGCCUUCGGGCUCUUCCAGCUGCGACCGGGCAGGUUCGUGGAGGGCGACGUUCAAUUUCUUUUUGACCUAGGUGAUGAAGGCAAAGCUGUGGACCUCGAGGGCUUUCGGCGAGUUCUGGAAAAGGUGGCUGAAAGGUUGGACUUGCCGGCGCAGGAGCUGCUACAUUUCCUUGGAGAGAAGGAUGCCGAGCGUGUCUUCCGAGAAGGAAUGGACAGUGCCGGACUUCGCCGAAAGGCUGUUGUGUACCAGAGCUAUCUUGAGAACAUCGACGGAUCUGACUACGAAGCGCUUUGCGGUCUCGUGCAGGCCCUCGCUGUGACGGAUCCAGAACGGGCCACCGAGUAUGCCGAACGGUUGCAGGUGCCGGCUUUUGAUCACCUGGAUCCUGAGGAGCUGGAAGCACAACCCAUACCUAAGGUUGGUGCGAUGUUCUCGCAACGUCGCCGUGACAGGGAAGAUGAGGCGGACGGUAAGCCCGUCAGAGUCAAGAAGAAGCGGAAGCGGAAGAUCCGCUAUCCGAAAGGCUUCGACCCGGAAAACCCUGGACCUCCCCCAGAUCCGGAAAGGUGGCUUCCAAAGCGGGAGCGAUCAGAAUUUAAGAAGAAGAUGCGAAAGAGGGAUAAGCACUUGCUUCGGGGCCCUCAGGGGGCGAUCACCACGGAGGACUUUCGCAAGCAGGGACCAUCGACAGCCCAAGUGGAGGUCUCGAAAGACGCAAGUGGACCUUCAAGAAGGAGUGGGAGAAAAGCUAAAGGCAAGUGA